AUGCAGAAAGCAAAGAUAUCAAUUGGAAGCUGGAUGGCAAUAUGCAUGCUUGGAUGCAUGCUUUUUGUUAGGAUGCAUGGCGGAGUGCCACUGUUGAUGCAUGUGAUAAUGCAAUGCAUGCUGGUGUUGGUGUUUAUUCUGAGCAUGUCGAUCUAUGGUGCAUUCCAAAUCAGGUGCUGCAGUGCUGAGAACGAGGAGUACAUGAAAAGGAUAGCACGCUACGAUAUGCUGUACAAGGAGCUUGUGAGUAAGUAA